ACAGGAUUACUGAAGCUGCUUCUCUCCUGCGCUCAGACGUGUUUAAAGACGUCUUCAGACGAGCAGCAGCUGCAACGCUCUCCGUAUGAUCCUUCAGUCUCUUUACACUUUUUCUGCAGGAUGAAGAGUAUAAGGAAAAAACAGACUUUGAUUCUUCUCAUCUCACUGUGCAUGUCUAUGGGGAAAUCUGACUUUGCACCUUAUUUCUAUGAUAACGGGGCUGGAAGCAGCAACGGAAACAUGGCGUUAUUCAGUAUCGCUGAAGACACAUCCAUUGGGACUCACGUUUACACGCUGAACGGCUCUGACCCCGAAGGGGAGCCGGUGACCUACGGCGUGACCUUUGAUAAGGGCUCCAAAGAGUAUUUCAGUGUCGAGCCCAAAUCGGGGAACGUGACUCUCAUCGAAACACUGGACAGAGAGGUUCAAGAUGAGAUCGUUGCAUUUGUGACCAUCACAGAUGGGAGAAAUAAGGUUGUAGAAAAUGUUCGAGUGUUUAUCACAGAUGCUAAUGAUGAAAAGCCAGAGUUUUUGAAUCUGCCGUUCAUAGUGGACGUGCCCGAGGACGCCGCUACUGGCAGCAGCAUCUACAGAGUUCAGGCCAUCGACAGAGACCUCGGAUCCGGAGGAAGUGUCACCUACUACCUGCAGUCGACGCCCAACACUAAGUUCACCAUCGAUGGUCACAGCGGGGUUCUGCGUGUCAGACCCGGCGAAUCGCUGGACUACGAGCUCUCCAGGACUCAUUUUGUCACAGUGGUUGCAAAGGAUGGAGGUGGUAAAUAUCAUGGGAAAUACCAGGUUAUGACCUCCACGGCCAUCAUAACCAUCAAUGUCCUCGAUACCCAGGAUUCUCCUCCAGUUUUUAUUGGUACUCCGUAUUUUGGAUUUGUCUAUGAAGUCUCUGUACCAGGUUCAGAGAUAUUCACUGUUUCAGCCAAAGACGGGGACCAGAACAACCCCAGCGCCAUCCAUUACUCCAUUCUGAACAGCAGCGACGGCUUCUUCAGCAUCAACAGCACGAGCGGCUGUAUCAGCUUGACAUCAUUUCCUGUACAGCUGAGGAAUGAGUUAUACGAGUUAAAAGUCAAGGCUUCAGAGGUUGGACCCGACAGGCGCCUUACUGACUACACCGUGACCACGGUCACUAUUCGUGUGGUGGACCUUAACAACCAUCCACCCACAUUCUACGGCGAGAACGGUCAGCAGAGCCGCUUUGAGCUGACCAUGUAUGAGCAUCCGCCGGAAGGAGAGAUUCUCCGCGGCCUGAAGAUAACGGUCAACGACUCUGACCAGGGAGCAAACGCUAAAUUCAGGCUGCUGUUGGUGGGACCCUCUCGAGUUCUCCGUGUGGUUCCUCAGACGGUUCUCAAUGAAGCCCAAGUCACCAUCAUUGUGGAAAACUCGACUGCCAUCGACUACGAAAAAAAACCAGUUUUAACAUUCAAGCUGUUAGCGGUGGAGAUCGACACUCCGGAGCGCUUCAGUGCCACCGCGGACAUCGUGAUCAAUCUUUUGGACACGAACGACAACAUUCCAAAGUUCUCCUCCGAGUUUUACAUCGCCAGGAUCCCUGAAAAUUCCCCAGGAGGCUCCAACGUCGUCUCAGUGACCGCGACAGACCCCGAUUCAGGGCUUUGGGGAGAAGUCAAAUAUUCCAUCUACGGCUCUGGUGCUGAUCUGUUUCUCAUUCACCACACGUCUGGCAUCGUUUACACGCAGCCCUGGGCCUCUUUAGACGCUGAAGUGAAGUCCAAAUAUAAUUUCUAUGUAAAAGCUGAAGACACUGAGGGCAAAUACAGCCUUGCAGAGGUUUUUGUCACCGUGCUUGAUCAAAAUGACCACCCACCAGAGUUCAACCACAACUUCCUGGAAAAGACCAUGAUCAUUGGGGCGCCAGUGAAAAUAGAGGCUGUGGAUGAGGAUGCAGAGGAGCCCAACAACCUCAUAGAAUAUUCCAUCAUGAGAGCCGAUCCGAACAACAUCUUUGACAUUAACACCUCCACGGGAGAGAUUAAGCUCAAACCGUACAUCAAGUCUAUGGAGAUUGUGCAGAACAUCACCAAACAGAAAGACUGCAGGUGGUCUGUGGUGGUUCAGGCUCGUGACCGAGGGUCUCCAUCCUUCAGCACCACGGCUGUCGUGAAAAUCGACAUCACGGAGGCGAAUCGGCUCAAAGGGCCCAUGGCUUCCUUUCUAAUGCAGAGCCGAGAUAAUCCAAUGAAAGCUCUAGGCCUGGCCGUUAGCGUCAUUACAGUAAUGGUUUUGGUGACGGUUAUGAUCUCCACCAUCAUGUACUUUCGCAACACAAAGUCCAACAGGAUCACGCCAGCACGUCGCAUCAUACGCAGGAGGCCCAAAGAGCACCGGCGCUGGACCUUCAGGCCACGGUUUGGACACGGCGACCAGAGCUUUGGAAAGUUCUUCAUUGACAGCGACACCGGCGACAACCACAACGCAAACAACAACAGCUCCAGAGCCAAGCCGCCUGCCCCCAGCGCUCCCGUCCUACCGCCUCCGCCUCCGGCACAAUCCAGGCCGAGCGAGCGGCCGCGGUCCGUGCCGACGGUGUCCGGCGCCCUGGCCUCCAGAAACGCCAGUCGCAGCUCCAGCUGGAGGACAAGCAAAAGCACAGAUGGCGUCGAAAAAUCUGGCCAAAACAAAGAUGGCAGUGGCAUCAGCUCCGCUCUGGUGUCUGAGCUUAAAAUGAGAAUAGAACAGAAAAUCAUUGAGGCAAAUCAAGGCUAUUAUUACUGACACGCUGACCUGUGUGAUCCGACACGUGUGUUUUUGAUGGACCGUUGGACAUUUGAUGUUAUUACCAACAGCUCGCUGAGAAGAAUGUUUCUUUUUUUUUGUGAAAGUGUUUUUAAAGUGGCCAUCUGGUUCACCUGAAGUGUUUCUGUUUUUAACAUGCCGUACAGUCAUUUAAGAUCUGGCUUGUAUUCUUACAAGAAGAAAAUACCUUACAAAUGCUAAGAAACUUGCCAGUACUGGUCUAUGCACAUAUUGUAUGUGUUUAUAAACAGAAAACAGCUCAUCAGAUGCUGGUUAUGUCAGUAAUGUACACCCUCAAGCUCUUCAGUCUUGCUGUGCUUCUUAGACCCGUUUACGCAUGAGUUCAAGAUCUGCGAAAGUGAUGCAAACUCCACCGUAAUCUCAUGAUUAGCACCGUACUGCCAUCUUUAGGUUUCAUUCAAUUUAGUUUGAACAAUCGAAUCAUUACUACAUGUAAAAAUUCAGAAGAACUUAAAAAAAAAAACCUUUCAGUUUUUAGUACUGUAGAUUAUUUAUGUCGUAUUGUCUGACUGUAUUUCUUGCUUGAACAGCUUUUGCCUUGAGGAUCUCUGUAAAAGUCUACGGACUGUAUGGACAUCAGACUCUCAUUUGUAGUUAUCGCUGUAAAAAAUCCUUUUUUUAUUAUUAUUGUUAUUAUUGUUUUGUAAAGACAGUUUUUCACUGAUAUUUUGAAAGUUAUUUUAUUUUCCUGUACAUUUUCUGAGAAAGAGAGCAAAUGAACAGGCAUGUGCUAUUUGCUGUAGGGCAUAUCCGAAAUUCAAAUGUGUUAAUCAUGUAUCAUCAUAUCACGUCUGUGCUACAAAUGAAUUUAGAAAUAAAACAUUUUUAAGGUGUUAUCUAAAAAAAAUUAAACCUAUGCCAUUGUCCUGCUAUUCAG